AUGGAUGAUAAAAAUCCUAAUUUUGAGCUGAUUGAUGAAUUGGGACGUACUGAAAUUCCCAUAGAAAAUCAAAAUGAUGAUGAAUACAAUUUAGAUGAUGAUGAUAAUUGGAUACCGGAUCCUGUGGAUGCUGGACCUGAAUACAAAUCAUCAAUAUAUCGAUUAGCUGAUAUGACGAAUUUACUUAUUAGUUUAUUCGAUAAUACAGAAUUACUCACCGAAGAAAUUCAAAGACAAAUGGCAGAAUGUCUAUUAUUAAAAACUGAUUUCAAUACUACAAAGGAGCUAGCUAAACUCGAAUUGUUUAAACUUCGAUUUGGCGAAUCUAAAAUGUCAACUGUUGAAGUAAUGGUUAAAGAUAUUUCAGAUUCAAAAAGAAUAAAUGGAAAUAUUUAUAAUGAAAGAUUAAUUCGUAAAAAUGCAGCCGAGUCACCAGAUCUUGAAAUAAUUUUAAAUAAUGAAAAUGAAAUUUUAUAUACUUCCAUUCUUUCAAGAUUAUUUUGGCCAACUAUUAAUAAUGAAGAAUUUGAAGUUCCGCCUCCAAUAUCUGAUGAAAUGAAAAGUUAUAAUAAUGCCUUUCAAAUUUUAAAACCAAGAAGAAAACUUAAUUGGUUACCUUCACUCGGCAAAGUUCAAUUGGAAUUGGAAUUUCAAGGGAAAACACUUGAAAUGGAAGUAGAACCGAUGAAAUAUGAUCCACAAAAACUUAAAUAUAAAAUGGAAUUUUGGACAGAUCGUGGUAUAUUAGGAAAGAAAUCUAAAGACGAAUGGGUUCUUUUAGAGAUGGAAACAAAGGCAUCAUCAACAAAUAUCUAG